AUGGCGGGAACACUUCGCAUUUGCACACCUGGUGGCCAAGAACUGGAGCUGCCAUUCUCCGGAUCCGACACGGUAGCGAAGCUGAAGGAUGACAUUCUAGGGAGAAUGGAUGAGCCGGUUGCACACCUCAGGCUUUUGCAUGGCGCGGAGGAACUGAAGAAUGAAUGGGUGCUGUCCGAGCAUGGGAUUACAGACGGCACUCUCCUAACUCAAGUGAUCUCCGCUUUCCCAUCGGGCAUGUUCAAGCUCUUUAGUGGAGGCCGCGCCAAUAGUGAUGCUCCUGCCGGCCGCAACACUUCGGCGGAAGUGGAAGCCGAGUUCCGUUCCGACGGAACUUUCCACAUUCGUGUGCACGAGACGGAGAUUACGUCCUUGGUUCGGGGUAAAGACUGGGAUCCAUACGAAUGGAAGGCUGCCUUCGACCAUGACUACGAAGGAAAGGCUAGAAUUGAGCAGCUUCCAGAGAUCCUCCUCCUGGUGUCCCGGUGCACGCGCAAAGGCAUCUUUAAGGAGCCAGAGCCAGUGGAGCUGAUGGGAGAAAUUUUCCCCGAUGCAGAGGAGGUGAAAUUGAAGCUCCCCUUCGAAGCCGGAGCUUGCAAUGAAGGGCGGGCGGGCUUUCGGUGGGUAACCGUGUCACAGAAUGAACCAAAGGAAGAUCCCGUGGAUGACAGCUCUGGCCCAGACGAUGAGGCGGACGAAGCGGAGCCACCACUGGAGGAUCAGUUGGCCGCAGCCAAGAGCGGGCUCAAGUCGACGCAGGCGAAGAAGCGCCGAGCCGACCUGAAGCACUCCGACAUCUCGGAGCAGUACUCCAACAUCGAGCAGGAGCUGCGCGAGAGCACGGAUGUGGAGUCUGGAGGGCUUCCCUGCCCGGUCUGCCGUGCCGUGAUCCCUUCAAAGCGGCUGCCCAAACGCAACUCCGCUCCGACGUCCGGUGGCGGCGAGGAAACAAGAAGCUCGGUGGGCGCGCUGCCCGCAGACCUCCUAAGGCAGGUGCGCAAGCUGCAAGAGCAGCACACGGCCAUCCUCGCCAGGCGCAGGCAGAAGGAGGAGGCCGAAGCCCAGGCGGCGGAAGCCCGGGCAGCUGCUGAGGCGGCUGCAGAGCAGCAGAAGACGUGGUCCGAUUCCGCAGCGUGGAGAGGCCCGUCGGAAGCCGGGGCACAGGACUGGGGGAGGGCAGACUGGACGGACUGGACCCAAAGCAACGCCACACGAUUCGGAAAGGGCAAGGGCAAGGGCAAGGUCCAGAGCAGCAACUCUGGCUACGACAGCCAUGCACAGGAGGGACAGUCGCGAAACCGCUGGGGCAGACGCUCGGGCGGAGCCCACGGAUGA